CAUCAGUGCGUCAGCAAAAACAUUAUAGGCAUUAUAGGUUAUUAAACGGAAAACCACUUAUGUUUAUUAAACCCACGGAUUAAACCAUUAAACAAAUAAUAAAAAUGGCGUCGACGGAACAAAAAGUGUCCUCAAACACUAUCUUAGGAAUUGUUUGGCAGACAGUUGGUCCGUUUGGUUGGUACUUCGUUGGUUUAGCAAUCGUGUUAUUUUAUUUCAAACAAAAAUACCACAGUUGGAUAUCAAAAAAAAUGGAAUAUGCAUCAAAACGUGAUGAAGAUCUGGAUAUUCAAAAUUUUGAGAGAUUGUCUGCAGUGCGACAACGUAUGCAGGAAAAGUACCAAAGAGAUCUAGAAUUAGCUCUUGAGAAGGAAGAAGAGAUUAAAGAAAGGAAAAGGCAGGAAUUACUUAACAAUCAGGAAUCAGGAAAUCGACUAGGAGGUGGAAAAACAGGCGGUUCAUCCAAGUCUAGGCUACUAAAAGGAGAGUACAAUCCAUUAAUGGGCGGUUCCAGUUCCAGAGGCUAUCGGCCCCAAAAACGAAGCUGUUGUGGAAAAGGAGGUUGCGGGUAAUUUCACCAUUUUUGAUGUCCACCUGAAAUUCUUUGCAUUUACUUUUCCGUUUGACAUCAGUUUUAUAUUUUUCUGUUAACAUGCAAUAUUAAAAUAUUAGAAAUUCUCUCGUACAAGGUUAGAAAAAAUUAUUUCAAGCCAAGCUUGUUUUUAAAGUCGAUUAACAAUUUUUAUGUUUUGAUCAUAAAUUUGUAAUAAAAUUAUAUUAAUAAAAAAAGAUCUGUUACCAAAA